AUGUCAAACGUCAAGCGCAUCGUCGCCCUGUUAGGGUUCUCAUCGGGUGUUCUGGCCAGCCCGUUGAUCGCGAAUGAUUCCAGCGAGAGCUCCAUCGUUCCCAACAAGUACAUCGUUCGCGUUGCUCCAGGCACCUACGACUCCGAUUUCGAGAGCCACUUGCGCUGGGUCGCCAACGUCCCCAAGCGCAGCCUGUCUCGUCGGAGCACUGCUGGAGUUGAGAAGACCUUCAGCGUCGGCGACUUCAAAGCUUACGCCGGCGAGUUUGACGUCGAUGCCAUUGCGGAGAUUGAAAAGGACGGAUAUGCCGUCAGCGUCGAGCCAGACCGAGUUGUCAAGGUGACAGCUUUGGUCACUCAAGCGGAUGCCCCAUGGGGACUUACAAGCCUGUCUUCGACAACUCCUCUAACAGACGGCAGCAGCUCCAGCCCUAACGUGUAUGAUAGCACCGCUGGAGAAGGGACCUAUGCCUACGUUCUUGACUCAGGAGUCACUCUUGAGCACGCAGAACUCGAGGGGCGCGUCAUCCGAGGCUACAACGCGUGGGCACCAAAUUACCCUUUUGAGGACGAAUUCGGUCAUGGCUCCCACGUUGCCGGUAUUAUUGGCGCAGCUACAUACGGCGUGGCGAAGAAGGCGACCGUCGUCGAUGUCAAGGUCGGCUACUUAAGCGUUGCUCAUGUCUUGGAUGGGUACAGCUGGGCCGUCAACAAUAUCACCAACACCCCAGGACGGGUCUCCAAAGCUGUCAUUAACAUGAGUCUAGCAUUUCCCAAGAGCGACGCGAUGAACUUUGCAGUAGAUGCAGCUUUCGAUCUUGGUGUCACAACCGUGGUCGGUGCUGGGAAUGAUGGCAAAGACGCUUCGACCAAGUCUCCCGCCUCUGCUCAGAAAGCCAUCACGGUCGGGGCGAUCGCUUGGAAUUGGACUCGUGCGGACUGGAGCAACUUUGGAGCCGACGUAAACAUCUUCGCGCCCGGUCUCGACAUCCCAUCGCUUUGGAGGCAGCCUGGGCAGGUGUCGGUGGUUUCUGGAACGUCCAUGGCAACACCUCAUGUCGCCGGACUGGUUGCCUGUCUUCAGACAUUGUAUCCUCUUGCGAAUGCGGCAGCCGUUGUAGAGAAGUUGAACGCGCUUGCACUCAAGGGCUUUGUUGAGAAUUCGGGAAGUGGGAGCGCAAACGUCCUCGCUCACAGCGGUGUUGUCUCCGUCUGA